AUGCCCAUACCGUUCUCCGCUCGUGAAGUUAGCUGGGCCUGUUCCGACUCUUCCCAGAUCCACGUGGUCUUCGGGGACAGUCCUGUGGUUUUCGGUAGCGAGUACCUCCGCAAACAGGACUCUAAGCUUCCUGAUUCGGUAUUCCAACAAUGGUGUGAUGAUGACGGAGACGAGGGCGAUGAGGGUCUAAUCUUAGCCGGUGAAGACGACCUCGGUAUUGAUGUCUAUCGACAAGUCACUAAUUUCGAAGAUAUCGAUGUGAAUGAUGAUGGUGAUAUUGUUGUCGAUGGGACACCUAGUAGUAGUGGCAUUGCCGAUGGUGAGGAAUUUGUGGCUCUGUGUAACUCACCACGGAACAAAAAACAUUUGCAGAUUAGUGGUGUGAGGUCGAGAAUAAUAUCUAUUCCCUUGGAUGGUUGGACUGAUCUAGUGAAGCAGAAGAUUAAUGACAUAGUCGCAUCCAUGCCUCGGGAUCAUGUGCGUGAGGAGUUCGUAUUGCAGCAGUAUGAUCGGAUGAUACUCGAUGAGAUCAACAGUGCUAUGAAGAAUGAGGUGGAGGCCGUACCGCUUCAUAGGAUCUCAUUUAAUGACCUCAAAGCUUACCUAUCCAAGCUGAGGAAUUACGAAACGGCCUCGGCGAGCACGAUCCAAGGCAUGGAGGCGCUCACUCGUCUGCGAGUGUCCCUCGAUGGGGACGCAAUCCACAAACCUCCUGCUAACCCGGCGAUCAUCGAGGGAGCAGGUGGCCCACCAUCGCCUGUUCCCAAGCCGGUCAUAACUGACCAGUUGCGACGCCAAGGCCAUGGUACCUCUGUUCCUGCUUCUGCUGCCAAGCCGGGGUUCUCCGCGACGUCCAGUGGGAACGGUCAAGCUAAAGAGAACCGGAAGUCUAAUAUGAUCUGCCGCUGGUGUCAUAUUCCUCUUUCAACGAGGGAAUUCAACAUGUACAUUGAUGACGGCAGCCGCUAUGGUCGAUGCCCGUGUGCCCCAUUGCCUGAUACGCUGACCGAGAAGGCAAAACUAUACGCCCAAGAGCGAGUGAAAUCUCUAGUAGUUGAGGAUAUCCGUGGGAAAGGUCGAAGAUGCGGUAUAUGUAUGUUGCCUAUGAUCAGCAGUAUUAUGGAUAUGACGACUGGACAGUUUCUGCCGGACCAUGAACGCUUUUAUGACUCGGAGAAGCGUUCGAGCGAUCUCUACCGGGGUUGUAGCUGGCUCGCUGACCUCGACCUCGUCUUCAUUACUGCCGUUGGUGUUAGAAGGAUUGGACAUUCCGAAAGUUGA